UGCGAUAAAACAAUACUUAAACAGAAGAAACCAUAGAAGGGAAGAAUCAAAGUUAAAAGGCAGACAACAAUCGCGUAAUAUAGGACACACGCUAAGCGGUUUUCGGGGAUUCUUUGCAACGGCGUUCACUUUUCAGAGAGAUUCUGCGAGGGGUUAAGAAAAUAGAAAGCGGAAAGCGGUUUGGCGAGGCGGUUUUGCGACGUUGAAAGUGGUUUUUGAUUACGGUGUUUAGAUCUGGGGGUUGACACGGUGUGGCAAAGAGGCGGAGAAGAGAAAAAGUGAAUUUGAAGUGUAUUUGAAUUAGAUUUGUUAAUAAUUCGUAGCCUGGAGGAUUUAUUUUGUUUUUGGAGUUUGUUGACAUUUGUUGUUGCUUGUUGUUGACUUAAAGAGAGUUUUGAGAGAGAGUUCAAUGAUGGCGAAUCGGGUAGAGUCGUUUUCGCAGACAAAUAAUGUCUCCUCUGAAGGAAAUGGAUGCGAUGAUCUGUACAUGGAAUUAUGGAAGUUAUGUGCCGGACCACUGGUUGAGGUUCCUCGUGCAGAACAGAGAGUGUAUUAUUUUCCUCAAGGACAUAUGGAACAGUUGGAAGCAUCCACGAAUCAGACGUUGAAUCAGAGGAUUCCGUUGUUUAAUCUUCCAUCGAAGAUUCUUUGCCGUGUCGUUCAUAUUCAGUUGCUGGCUGAAAAAGAAACAGAUGAAGUUUAUGCACAAGUGACUUUGUUGCCGGAACCAAGUCAACCUGAGCCAACAACCCCUGAUCUGUGCCCCCCUGAGUCUCAAAGACCUACAGUCCACUCAUUCUGCAAGGUUUUAACUGCGUCAGAUACAAGCACUCAUGGAGGAUUUUCUGUUCUUCGCAAACAUGCUACUGAUUGCCUUCCUAAACUGGACAUGAAUGAUGCAACACCAACCCAGGAAUUGGUUGCAAAGGAUCUUCAUGGUUAUGAGUGGCGCUUUAAGCAUAUUUUCAGAGGCCAACCAAGGAGACAUUUGCUCACAACAGGAUGGAGUACGUUUGUUACUUCAAAGAGAUUAGUAGCUGGUGACUCCUUUGUGUUUCUGAGAGGGGAAAAUGGCGAGCUACGUGUUGGAGUGAGGCGUGUUGUUCGCCAACAUAGCAUCAUGCCAUCGUCAGUGAUUUCAAGUCAGAGCAUGCAUGUAGGAGUGCUUGCAACUGCAUCUCAUGCUGUUUCAACACAAACCCUCUUUGUUGUCUACUAUAAGCCAAGGACAAGUCAGUUCAUCAUUGGGUUGAACAAAUAUUUAGAGGCUCUUAGUAAUAAGUUUGCUGUUGGCAUGAGAUUUAAGAUGAAGUUUGAAGGGGAGGAUUCUCCUGAGAGAAGGUUUUCUGGCACGAUUGUGGGGGUUGAAGAUUUUUCUCCUCUUUGGAAAGAUUCAAAAUGGCGAUCAUUGAAGGUACAAUGGGAUGAACCUGCCUCUAUCCCAAGGCCUGAUAGGGUUUCACCGUGGGAGAUAGAACCCUUUGCUGCUCCCAUUCCACCAUCUUUGACUCAACCAGUUGCAGCUAAGAACAAAAGGCCUCGACCACCUGCUGAAAUUCCUGCCCCAGAUUUAUCUUCAACAACAUCAGCUCCUUAUUCUGGAGUUACGCAUUGCCAUGAUCUAACACCACAAAACAUUGCUGCCGAAGCAAAAGGAAAUGAAAAUCCUGUUAUUGGGCACCACAUGUGGACAGAGAUGAGCAGUGGUUGCAGCUCUGUCGCAAAGGCUCUGAAUAAAGGAAGUUGGCUAUCUUCUCCUGGCACAUGUGUUCCUCAUCAUCUGUUUCCUGAUGCAAGAGAGGAUAAAACGAGAUUCUCUGCUUGGCCUGUUCCUUCGGGUUUUUCAAACCCACAGCUCAACGAAGAUUCAACCUUUGAUUCAACUGAAAAGGCUAAGAGAUCUGAGACAGCUGCUAGCUGCCGAUUGUUCGGUAUUGAUCUGAUAAACCAUUCUACAAGCUCAACACCGUUGGAGAGAACACCUGCACAACUUUCUACUAUGAUAAUGGGUACUGAAGUACCAGGCCCAAGUACUCUAUCAUCCACUUAUUCUGAUCAGAAGUCUGAAAUUUCAAAAGAUUCUAAAGAGAAGAAGCUGGAACAAUUACAGUUAUCAGCAAAAGAGAACCAGAGCAUGCAAAGUUGUUCUAGUUUUACAAGAAGUCGUACAAAGGUUCAAAUGCAGGGGAUAGCCGUAGGUCGUGCUGUGGAUUUGGCCAUGUUUGAAGGGUAUGGUCAGCUUAUAGAUGAACUGGAGGAGAUGUUUGAUAUUAAGGGAGAGCUUCGCCCUAGGAAUAAGUGGGAGAUUGUCUACACUGAUGAUGAAGGUGAUAUGAUGCUUGUAGGCGAUGAUCCAUGGCCGGAAUUUUGCAACAUGGUAAGAAGAAUAUUUAUUUGUUCAAGCCAAGAUGUGAAAAAGCUGAAGACAGGAAGCAAACUUCCCUUGGCUUCUAUCGAAGGUGAAGGGACGGUAAUAAGUUCAGACUCAUCUGAAAACUAAAAAAAUAGGAACCCAUUUAUCUUCAUUACCUGCUGUUUAUUUUUCACUGAAGUUGAUGAAACCCUAAUCAGUAGCUCAUUUUUUUUUGGAGCUGUGAGACUUAAAAACGACAUCUUCUGGGUUUUGAAGAACCAAGAAUUUGUUAAUGAAUUAGUUCGGAAUAAGAGGCUAAGACUAGGAAAAAUGUGAAUACUUAUAAUCUUUGUUGUGGGUUGGGGUGCUUUAAUUGUGGUGUUUCCUGUGCUUGUAAAUAUAAAAUGUGGUCUGGCAGUAUAUUCCUUGUUUGCAGCGAGUGAAAGUGUCGCUGCUUACAGCUUUUGUACUGCUGCCAUUAAUUUAAUUAGCUUCACUGUCAUUGUAGGGGGUUUAAUUUGUACAUACUCAUUAGGUUGAUUAUCAUGUCAAUUAUUCGAGGAUGCUUAAGUCAUAAUCUUAUUUCAUUGCCCUUUAUUACAAGGGUGGCAUUUAUUGGCA